AUGCGUUCCGUCAUCCCCUCUCUCGCUCUCCUGAGCCUUCUCCCGCUUUCACUUGCCGCGCCUGCCCCCACCGCGCGUCAACUACUUGGCGCCCUUCUAACCGGUCGAGUGAGCAGCCUUCUGAAGGGCAUAAACAGUGCUAUAGCUGUACGGAACCCCACUGCUGUAAACUCCCUGCUCGUUCAGAUCACGCCAUCUGCACGACCAACUGCUAUAUCACAGUGUUCAGCUCUGCAGUCAUCGAUUUGGGCGAACCCAACGGGGCGCACAGAUUUUCCCAAUGCGGUCGCGAUACAAGUCGCUGUUGGUCUUGGACCACCUUUGGCGGGCACGCUGAACACCGCCCUGACAGGCGCUUUGCCAGUAGGGGAAAACAGUAUUACGAACAACAACCCCGCUCCAUCGACCAAGAUCUUUCCGAAGAAGGACAGUGCCGAUGCACCAUAUUCGUUAACUGAAAGUGCGCUACGCCAGGCGUUGUUUAUUCCCUCAAGUUUCACAUACGGAAAAAAGCCACCCACCAUAUUCGUCCCCGGUACUGGAUCAUACGGCGGUAUCAACUUCGGCAACAAUCUGCGGAGAUUGUUGACUGGCGCUUCAUAUGCUGACCCGGUCUGGCUCAAUAUCCCUGGCGGCAUGCUCGCUGAUGCUCAAACCAACGCCGAGUACAUCGCCUACGCCAUAAACUACAUAUCGGCAGUGUCAAAGAACAGCAAAAAAAUCUCUGUCAUUACCUGGAGCCAAGGCGGUCUUGACACACAAUGGGCAUUGAAGUACUGGCCCUCCACUCGCAAGGUAGUCACGGACUUCCUCCCGGUGAGCGCGGAUUUCAAAGGCACUGUCUUCGCCAACGCCCUUUGUCUCAGCACCUCUUCUCCCUGCCCGCCCUCCGUCAUCCAACAACAAGCCACGUCGCGAUACGUUGCUUCGCUCCGCUCCAACGGCGGCGACUCAGCAUACGUUCCCACAACAUCAUUCUACUCCUCCUUCUUCGACGAGGUCGUAGAGCCGCAAUCAGGCACCGGCGCAUCCGCCUACAUGAACGACGCACGUAAAGUCGGCGUGACGAAUGUCGAGGUGCAGAGUGUCUGCUCCGGGGCUCCAGCGGGAACUUUCUAUGAACAUGCUGGUGUGCUGUUCAACCCGCUCACGUACGCGCUGAUUGUGGAUGCGUUGACGCACGACGGGCCUGGAAGCCUGAGCAGGAUCAACAAGGCGAGCGUUUGCAGUACGUAUGCAGCGCCGGGACUUGUCGUUGAUGAUGUUAUUUCGACGAGCGGUCUGAUUCCCAUUGCUCUUGUGUUGCUGUUAGCGUACCCUGAUAAAAGGACUGCAGAGCCGGCGUUGAGGUCCUACGCUGCGUAG